AUGAUGUCAGCUCAAAAUCUUCGAAAUCCUCCACAGGCUCAGAGAAAAAGGCGUUUAUCUCGCGAAGUGAAGAGGAUGCUCUCGCUAAACCAACCUGCACUGUCCCCGCCCUCAAGCCCUCAAACCUCAAACCUAUCCCCGCCCUCAAACCUACACUAUCCCCGCCUCAACCUACACUAUUCCGCCCUCAAACCCUCACUAUCUCCCGCCCUCACCUAUCCCCGCCGCUCAAACCUAACCUAUCCCAAACCUACACUCCCGCCCUCAAGCCUCACUAAUCCCCGCAAACCUCCAAUACCUUCAACUAUCCCCGCCCCCCUCCCCCCCUCAACCUUCACUAUCCCGCCCUCAAACCUACACUAUCCCCGCCCUCAAACACCUAACUAUCCCGCCUCAAACCUCCAAUUCCCCGCCUCAAAACCUCCACUAUCCCCGCCCUCAAACCUAACUACUAUCCCCGCCCUCAAACCUACACUAUCCCAGCCCUCAAACCUACACUGCCCUCAAACCUCGCCCGCCCUCAAACCUCCAAACCUCCACUAUCCCCCGCCCUCAAACCUACACUAUCCCGCCCUCAAACCUACACUAUCCCCGGCCUCACUUAUCCCCGCCCUCAAACCUCCACUAUCCCGCCUCAAACCUACACUCCCGAUCCCCCGCCCUCAAACCUACAACUAUCCCGCCCUCAAACCUACGCUAUCCCGCCCUCAAACCUACACUAUCCCGCCCUCAAACCUCCACUAUCCCGCCCUCAAACCUCCACUAUCCCCGCCCUCAAACCUACAUCCCGCCCUCAAAACUACACUAUUCCCCGCCCUCAAACCUCACUAUCCCCGCCUCAACCUACACUAUCCCCGCCUCAAACUCACUAUCCGCUCAUACCUAUUCCCCGCCCUCAAACCUACACUAUCCCCGCCCUCAAACUCAACCCAGCCCUCAAACCUCCCAUAUUCCCCGCCCUCAAACUCCCACUAUCCCCCGCCCUCAAACCUCCUAUCCACCUCAUACACCCGCCCUCAAACCUACACUAUCCCAGCCCUCAAACCUACACUAUCCCGCCCUCAAAAUAACAUGGGAAGCAGACAUCAAACAGAUGAUAUUCCCUCAAACUACACUGUCCCCGCCUCAAACCUACACUGUCCCCGCCCUCAAACCUACACUAUCCCCGCCCUCAAACUCCACUAUCCCCCCUCAAACCUCACUAAUCCCCGCCCUCAAAGUAACAUGGAAAGCAAGCAUUCAAAGAAAGAUGGGUCGUUGCUAGCGGUCUGCCUCGAAAGACCGUCUGAGGAACCACGGAAUGGGCUUUCCCGUCUUGAGCAAUUACGUGGGUCGUGA